UCUCUGCAGUGCUCUGUGAUGAUGAAGUUAUGCUGACCAUUAAGCCUGGUGAACAUGGAUCUACCUAUGGAGGAAAUCCAUUGGCUUGCCGCGUGGCAAUGGCAGCACUGGAGGUAAUUGAAGAGGAAGACCUGGCUAAAAAUGCAGAAAAAAUGGGUAACAUACUAAGAAACGAGCUGAUGAAGACACCAUCUGAUAUUGUAACUGCUGUAAGAGGAAAAGGGCUAUUAAAUGCAAUUGUAAUUCGGGAAACCAAAGACUACGAUGCCUGGAAGGUGUGUUUGCGACUCCGGGACAACGGGCUUCUUGCCAAGCCUACCCAUGGGGAUAUCAUCAGGCUGGCACCACCCCUUGUGAUCAAGGAGGAUGAAAUCAUGGAAUGCAUUGAAAUAAUUCACAAGACCAUCCUCUCUUUCUGAACACUGGGCUUUUAAAGUGCAUCUGCUGACUGACCCCAGGUG